UUAAACAAGUCUAUUCGGCCUUUUGGGGUUUUGAAGCUAAGCCGGUUUUGAAAGGAAAACCGUGUGGUUUUGUGGGUAUCUCAAAUGGGAAAAUCCUCCCAAAAUCCAAGUGGGGCAUAGUGGCUUUUAGCUCUUAUAUGGUUAACAAACUAACACACCAAAUAACCCACAUGCAAUCAUCGACCAUUUGCCGCGAUAUCUUUUGUUUAUUUUGUUUCCUUCUGCUUUUCCUCUCUCUACUUUUUCUUAAUGAAAAAAAAAAAAAAAAACUACAACAACGUAAUUCUCAAGCCUUUUCUUAGUGAAGUGGGUUUUAGUUUACUAAGAUAAAAAUAAAUCACCUAAACCAGUUAAUCUUAAUUCAUAUAUUUUUAAACUGCUUUUGAGAAUAAAGAGACAUAAUUAUUUCUCCAUUUACUUUUUGUUCUGUCUUUUGCAGUCAUAUUAAGCCCCUUUUUCUUUGAUUCCACAGCCGUUUAUUGCGACUGAACUUAGGAGUUGGAAGAGUUUAAUGUCACCAAAUCUUCUCUGGUAAAAAGGGGUUAAAUUCCUGUUUGAAUAGGUGUGUACGGUUCCAAAAGCUGCGCAGGGCGCAUGCAGCACCCUUCACAUUUCUUCUUCCCUCUAAUUAAUGGGGCCCAUUUCUUGUUCUGAUGAACGGCCCAUAUGCGAUGCGACUAGACACGUCCCAAAGUACCUACUGCAUAUGAUUCUAUCAAAAAGCUUUGAAACACGGCAAAAGUUAUGGCCACAAGCACGUGGCUGAUGACAUCCUUAUUACUACAAUAUCUUGUUCAAUUUGAAAACUAGCUCAAACUCAUUUAUUGAAACGACGUACAACCAAGGGGUUUGUUGGAAUGACAGUUUAGUAAAGGGAAAUUUUACAUUAUGGCUUAUAACAUAAUUAAUUUUUUUUAAAUAUCAACAUAAUUUAACUUCCUAAAUAUAUGUCAUUUGUAAUUUUGUUUGACAAAAAUACUCCUAAUAUUAAACACUCUCAUCCCAGCUGUAUUUUUUCAUUUUUUUCUCAGACUUCACAUUCUCACUAUUUCUCAAGCGAAACUCUCUCAGGCUACCAUCUUCUCCAUCGCCGCCGCCACCACCAUUUUUUUCAUCGCCAGCAACGAUAAGUCAAUUUUUAUGUUUUUUUUUAAUUUGAAUCGUAAUAUAUAAAAUCGAUGAAAUAGGUUUGAUUUUAAUCUCUAUUUUGCAAAAAUGUAGCUUUAAAUGGGCUUGAUUCUAUGUGCAUCGUUUCGGAAGAUUGUGUUUAAGUUCUACAAAAAACUUGUGGGUCGAUGUUCAUUCGAUCCUACAUCGAUGUCAUUUCGAUGCUUAAUCGAUGGUAAUUCGAUGACAUACAGUACAUGUGUGUAUUUUUAAAUAAUUGAAAUGUUAUGUCAUCGAUGCGCAGUGGAUGCUUCAUCGAUGGUAUUUCGAUGGACCAUUAGAUGAAAGCGAUAGUCAAUCAAUGCGUAAUCGAUGGUAUAUCGAUGCUAUUUUGAUGUUUGCAUGGUUUUUCAGAUUUUUUUUUGUAUAAAAUCGAUGAAAUUUUGAUGAUAUGUGGAUGCUGACUUCAAUGAAAUUUCGAUUCUAGUUUGAUGGUAUUUCGAUGCUUUCUUGGUUUUAGUUAUAUUUUGAUAAAUCAAUUAAUUUCGAUGCUUUGUCGAUGUUAUUUCGAUGCCCUUUCGAUGGUUGUUCAAGCACAUUAAUUUAAUAGUGAUGCAUCAAUGUUAAGUCGAUGCUAUAUUGAUGCGAUGUCGAUGGCUUUUAUAUGUUAUCUACUUGAAAGAUAUUCGAUGCAUAAUUAAUACUAUUUCGAUGGCAUAUCGAUACAUUGUUUGUUGAUUUUAUUUUGUAUAUAAUCGAUGCAAUUUCGAUGUUAUUUCGAUGCUGAUUUGAGGGUGACUUAGUCAGUUGUUAUUUGUUAAAUGCAUUUCGAUGGCAUAUCAAUAGUUUGUUUGUUUAUUUGUAAAAUCAGUUUCGAUGGUAUAUCGAUAAUAUUUCAAUGUUUUUUCGAUGCAUACUUGUAUAUGUUGAUUUUUGCUUUUUGCUCUGAUGUCAAAUCAAUGGUAAUUUGAUGGCAUUUCGAUGACAACAACAUACUAAUUAUUUUUUUUGUAAAUUCAACUAAUUCUCUCUCUUUUUUUUUUGGAUAUUUUGCAGAUGCCACCCAAACGUAUCCCACGCUGAGAUCCCUAUAGAGGAUCAUUAUGUCGGUCGUAUUACCUAUAGGGGCUCCGAGAGGUUAACGAAAUUGAAGAAAAGGUUUGAGGAGCAUUAAUUGUUGGGGAAGGGUGAAUGAGUUUGUUUUUGGACCAUUCUUCAUAGCCCCUGCCUUUUCGUUCUCUAGGACAUUGGUGCACACACUGCUUUUGCGGAAGGUGAAGUCUCCGCGUGGCGAUGAGGUGCACGAGUUUGCCAUUAUGACUGGCCUGAGCUGCUCCUGUCCACCACUUGCCGUUGACAUUCAACCUCACCUUACGUCCUCCCGCCUACUUGAUACAUAUUUCAAUGUGGAACCCGAGAAAGACAUUAGGUUCAAUAUGUUGGAACGAGCUUUUAAUAUGUGCGAUGUACCUGGUGAUUUGUACAAGCUCGAUUUGGUUUACUUUGUGGAGGGGAUACUAUUGGGCGCUGAGAACGACAAUGCUAUUUGGCGAGAUUCAUUGUCGAUGGUCGAUGAUUUAGAUUAUUUUGAGAAGUAUCCAUGGGGAUCCCUUUCAUUCAAUACAACUUUUAAAUAAUUCAAUAGAGAUAUGAAAGUGAUUAGUGCUACAAUACCUGGUAAGAAGGCGAAGAAGACUGAGGUGGAGUAUUCUAAGGGUGUUCAAGUGGAGGCAAAGUAUACCUGCAAGGGGUAUCCACCAGCCUUACAAUAUUGGGCAUACGAAAUGAUUCUUGAUUUGCAGAAGGAAUACGCCAAGCCCUGUGGAUUCAAGUUCCCUAGGAUGCUACAGUGGGAGAGCACAGGUCAGCUGAAGCAUUCGCAUGUGAAGGAUGUACUUGCGAGGAGACGUCUGUCAUGCAUUUCUAUCCUAAGGCCUCGACCAGACGAGCGAGACUUCUUCGGCACCAUAUAUCAGAGGACAGAGGGGGAUGCUUCUAGGUAUGUGAUGCUGCAAGAUAUGAUCCAACCUGCACCAGAGGAUGGAAGACCUUACGAUCUUGAGGCAGAGGCUGUUGUGGUGGCUGAGAUAGCCGUGGAGGCUGGCAUAUUUGUACAUGAUGCCCCGACGGAGAUUGUUCCAAAUACUAGUGUAGAACCUACUUCUGCUCCUGCUCCUGGGGCUUAUGAGGUUGUGUUGGGUGAGAUGGCCAGACUAUCAAGUGCAGUGGAUGAGGUUAAGGCCACUCUAGGUAUCGUCCUUAAGAAUAAAGAAGUCAUAUUGGCGAAGCUGGCAACACUUGGUGGUAUACCUACUCCUGCACCUACUCCAACAAAGGAUGUAGAGUACGACAUUCUCCCCACAUGUUACGAGCCUCCUGUUGGAGAAGUCACACCUCCUCAGCCAAUGCAGACUGUCUUAGGUAAGCGCACUAGAUAGAGACCAGUAAGGUAUGAAGACUAUACUCCAGCAGCCAAGAAACCAAAGUUCAAGGACCCAGUUACGAUCCAUCCUUUAAAAGUGUUGGAUCAAGAUAUGUUGACAACUUUUAACCGAUGGGUGCUCAGUGAGAUUGACAAAAGCAGACUGAGAAAGUUGGAAGGUUGUGAUGGCACCCCUAUUUGGUUCCUAAAGUUGAAGGUGGCAAAAGAAUGGUUGGGAGAAACUGUAAGUCUUUUAUAUUUGCAGUCAACACAUUCAUCUCAUUUUAACAAUACUCUAUUUAUUUGCAGCAUCUUGACACUGCAAAUUAUCUUAUAAGGAGACGUCUUUUUGAGUUGUCGAAGACGUACCCCGUGAAAACCAUCGUACUUGAUUCAUCAUUUGCACAGUAUAUUCCUACUAGAUAUGAGGACUUAAAGGACAAGAGCAGGACUUACCAAUGGGAUGAGGACAUUCUUAAUUUCACGAAAGGAGAUGCUAAAAAAUACAAGAGGCCUUGGGGUGAUUGCAACAAGGUCUACUUCUACUAGUGCCUGAAAAAUCGUCAUUGGGUCAUUUGCGAGAUAAAUUUCACUAAUUGGAUGAUCAGUGUAUUUGACUCAAAUCAUUCCAACUUUAGCUAUGAUAAGUUGACUGAGUUGAUCAAGCCUUGGACUAGGAUGCUUCCAUCUUUACUCAACGUUUCUGGUAUGUUUAAAGGACACCCCAAGUUGAAAAUAGCUAGACCGAAUAUCACCGUUCCAAACUUUGAUUGGCAGCGCAUGUCCACUGAUAUUGUCCCACAGUCUAGAACCAAGUAUUUAGACGUACUAACUUCAGUUUAUCAUAACACUAUUCUCCUUUAAUUUUCAAUUAACUCACAAAUGCGAUUUCUUGGUUUCAACAGAGAUUGCGGCGUAUUCGCCAUCAACCAAUUGGAGUUUAUUUUUGGAGACAUUCCCUUAUCAUAUGCCAUCGUGGACCACAUUCAGUACUUCAGGGAUAAAUUAUGCAUCGACAUUUUUUACGAGAAUUUGUACGCUUGACUUUUUUCUAUAUGUUAGAACAUUUAUUUUGAUUUCUCCUUAGUUUUGUAUAUAAACAAUGUCAUUUCGAUGGCUAUUUGA